CGUCACGAUAUGGCUGAAAUAUUGCCCAUGUGACGUUAAAUAAUAACUCACUCACUCACUACUGGAACAUGCCAAGAGAAGAAUCUAUUCUUUCUGGUAUGACGUUUUGGUUAGACAGUACGGUAGUCGGGUGAAACUGUGUAUGUCUGAUACAGAUUCGCUCUUAUUCGCCGUGAGCGCUCCGCCAGAAAAACCCCUCCUUGACCCUUAUCUGUUUAUGAGCUAUCACAUGGAAUUGUUUGACACAUCCAAUUUUCCAAAGACUCAUCCGCUGUACAGUAAAGAAAGACAUAAAGAGCCGGGUCUUAUGAAAUCAGAAACCGCACAUAAUAUUAUCAUCGAAUUUGUAGGAUUGAAAAGUAAAUGCUACAGUUUUGUAGUAAAGCAGGAGGUCGAGAGCGAGGAAGGAGAAAAGAGUACUGUACUGUUAGAGGAGAAACGUGCUAAGGGUGUACAGCGUACCUGGGUGAAAAAACACCUACGUCAUGAGAUGUUAAAACAAUGUGUGUUUGAUAGAAAACAGUUUUGGGCUACUUUUCAACAAAUCAGGUCUUUUCACAACACAUUGUACACAGUGAAGGUUAGGAAAGUGGCGUUGUCUCCUUUAGACAAGGUACAUACUCGAUGACGGGGUAACAUCCUUGCCCUAUGGUUACAUUGCUCCCGAGUAAGACGAUGCAAAUCUCUCCUUGUCAAUGGUUUAUGGUGUUUAAAGCACGCGCACUAUCCCCUGUAUGACGAGUGGCAGACAGGCGGAUGACUACUAGUCAAGAACUGCAAGAAGCAUGCCUACACGAAGACACGUGUAUACAUGUAUUCGAUGGAUGCACAUCUUACCUAUAUCAGGUUAACCGAUUAUACUCAUUUCGUUAACAAAACAACUGCUAGAUAAAGGAAAGUAAUGAAUGAAUUAAUAGAAUAACAUAUCGCUAUGGAAACAGUGAAUUGAAAUAAAGGCAAAUGUCGUUUAUAACACUACAUUUUAAACACAUAUAGGAAUGAAUAUGUAAUGCGUAUUGUUUUGUUAUUUUUAUUUAUUUUUUAUAUAUUUUUGUUUGUUUUUUGUUAUUAUCAACAGCACCGCCAUGAACUGCAACAGCUCAACGAUGUCAUCGACGAAAUAUCAUUUCAUCAUCACGGAUCGACGAGGACGCACAGUCCAUGAGGAUGAGCGAUAUUAUAGCGAUGAAAUGUUGGCUCUGUCAAUUGCUUUGGAGUUAGUUAAAUCGACGCAGUUCCAGGUCUCAGAGGGACCGUAUCGCAUACAGCUCGGGAGUUAUAACUUUGUGUUGCCGCUCCCCAAGGAAAUGAAGAUUGAGAAACAGAGGCUGGAGUUUGAACAUAUCCUCGAUGGUUACUAUGUCGCGGCACUGCGCGAUGGUAUAGAGAUAAGAAUUAAAGAAACUAACUGUCCAUGUCCCGGAUGUGAAAUCAGCCAUCCCUCGCAGCGACAACACACGUGUCUAUAUCCUAAGAGCUAUAGCUCCGAGGUCACGUGGUACUUCGAUGAGGUCAUGAAAACUCUGACACACGAGGAUCUUUUUCGAAAAGCAAAGCAACAUAUGGUUGAAUAUGGAAUCGUUCAUGCCGGCUAUGAUCCGACACCUUUCCACGAGGACGAAACGUGGGUUCGUCAAACUUAUUUAACUGACGAGAGACAAAAGAAAUGGACUGUCACUUUGCAAAUAAUAAUGGACUGAUAUCACAUUAUCCUCAAAGCAAAGAUAAUUGAUCAAUGUAUUAUCACGGAAGACAUUGGAUAGGGUCAGUGGCUAUAUUUAUCAUAUCAUUCACAUAAUUAUGGUAACCUUGAUAGACACGAAUGAUUAGAUUUCUAUGAUGGAGAGAUAUAUAUAAUAUAUUAUUAUACAGUUGUACAUAGAAUCUUCUGAGGUGGAUAGAUAUAUAAUAUAUUAUUAUGCAGUUGUACAUAGUAUCUUCUGGAAUGAAACGCAUGUGAUAUUUCAUAGUUAGAUGUGUAAUAAAAAUGUUUUGAAUUUCUUAGCCUUGUAGUAAUUAUUGCAUCGAACUGAAGCGAAUCAUAUUCAUGUAAAAAUCAUCAAUCAUCGAUUUUCAUUACAUAUUUCCAGACAAUGUCAUCACAUUCGAACUGAACAGAUGAAAAUUGUCUUAUAUUAGCAGUUGAAAACUAAUUGUCAGCAUCUCCGCAUAGGGUUCGCUUAGGGUAAAUAUCAUGAAAAAGUUGUAUGCGGAGUUCUGCAAGCCUCUUCUGCGCAUGCUUAUCUUAAGCCGAUCAGUCACAUGUGAGCCAGCGCGGGAUGCGACAGGGAGAUGGUCAUGAUGCUUAAGUGUUUGUUAAUAGUUUGGUUCUCCCUCGGCUCUGUACUUACAGAGAAACCCGAAUUGGAUAUACGUACAUGUAAAUCAAACGGUGCCGGAUUGAUCGUAUCAUGCAAGAGGACAAAUGUCAAGUACAUUCACAUGAACGGAAAGCCUUUCGUGGGUAUCGUCCGCAUUGAGCUGGGGAGGGGCGAUGAACUGGCGAUUCGAGGAAACCUGUUCCCGGAUCUGAUGACAAUCAGAGGGGGCGAUGUCGAUUGUUCCGACAUCAUACGUCCCAUGAAUGUCAUCGACGUGAACGGAGUCAGAUGCGACAUCACUCCAUCGACAUCAUUGAGGACGACGACAAUGACAACCCCCACCACUGCUGUCACCACUUCCGCCACGGAUGCUACCGAGACACUCACCACCACCACCACCAUCAUGACAUCGUCAAUGACAACCCCCACCGCUGCUGACGCCACUACCGCCACGGAUGCUACCGAGACACUCACCACCACCACCACCAUCAUGACAUCGUCAAUGCCACCACGGACUACUGUAACACCAGCAGCUACUGCAAAGGAUGAUCUUAUCUCAUCUUCCAAUUCCAUCAUUCAACAGGAAUUAGUUGGUGUGUUGAUCAUGAUGACAUUAGUUUUCCUGCUGCAAGUGCUUAAACUGAUAAUACGACACUGUAUUACACGACUGUUGAGAUGUGUAAACGGAUCCCGCACACCUUCGCUUAACACUACUGUUGUUGAUGAUGAUGAUGCUGAUGUUGAUGAUGAUCUGCACCCCCCAUCACCUUUCGAAAUCCCAUCACCACCACUAUCUCCGCAUAUGCCACCACCACCAACACCACCAUCACCAUCACCUCCCCCAUCACAUCAGCGGACACCUGUUUACCAGUUACCUGCAACUGCUUCUCCAGUCCCUACAGCACAAUGCUUGACAACAACUUCAAUGAACGAAACCGCAACUCCAAUCAAGGAAACCACAACUCCCCCAGUACGUACCCCACUGAGAUAUCUGACAAGAUAUCAGACAAGGAGAAUUUCACUUGAUAACUAAAAGAACUUUAUUGAUACUACUUACUAGUAUAAUGGAGAUGGUGCUGACCAUUGAUGUUGUGGUGCUACGAUUGAAAACCUUUUUUUUGUUUUUUCCAUAUGUAUCAUGUGAUAUGAACAAGUUCACUUGAUAACUAAAAGAACUUUAUUGAUACUACUUACUAGUAUAAUGGAGAUGGUGCUGACCAUUGAUGUUGUGGUGCUACGAUUGAAAACCUUUUUUUGUUUUUUCCAUAUGUAUCAUGUGAUAUGAACAAGUUCACUUGAUAACUAAAAGAACUUUAUUGAUACUACUUACUAGUAUAAUGGAGAUGGUGCUGACCAUUGAUGUUGUGGUGCUACGAUUGAAAACCUUUUUUUGUUUUUUCCAUAUGUAUCAUGUGAUAUGAACAAGUUCACUUGAUAACUAAAAGAACUUUAUUGAUACUACUUACUAGUAUAAUGGAGAUGGUGCUGACCAUUGAUGUUGUGGUGCUACGAUUGAAAACCUUUUUUUGUUUUUUCCAUAUGUAUCAUGUGAUAUGAACAAGUUCACUUGAUAACUAAAAGAACUUUAUUGAUACUACUUACUAGUAUAAUGGAGAUGGUGCUGACCAUUGAUGUUGUGGUGCUACGAUUGAAAACCUUUUUUUUGUUUUUUCCAUAUGUAUCAUGUGAUAUGAACAAGUUCACUUGAUAACUAAAAGAACUUUAUUGAUACUACUUACUAGUAUAAUGGAGAUGGUGCUGACCAUUGAUGUUGUGGUGCUACGAUUGAAAACCUUUUUUUGUUUUUUCCAUAUGUAUCAUGUGAUAUGAACAAGUUCACUUGAUAACUAAAAGAACUUUAUUGAUACUACUUACUAGUAUAAUGGAGAUGGUGCUGACCAUUGAUGUUGUGGUGCUACGAUUGAAAACCUUUUUUUGUUUUUUCCAUAUGUAUCAUGUGAUAUGAACAAGUUCACUUGAUAACUAAAAGAACUUUAUUGAUACUACUUACUAGUAUAAUGGAGAUGGUGCUGACCAUUGAUGUUGUGGUGCUACGAUUGAAAACCUUUUUUUGUUUUUUCCAUAUGUAUCAUGUGAUAUGAACAAGUUCACUUGAUAACUAAAAGAACUUUAUUGAUACUACUUACUAGUAUAAUGGAGAUGGUGCUGACCAUUGAUGUUGUGGUGCUACGAUUGAAAACCUUUUUUGUUUUUUCCAUAUGUAUCAUGUGAUAUGAACAAGUUUUUGAACUCAUCAGAGAUGUGAUAAUUUGUUUUUUUUUAUGAUCAUGGAUGUGAUUUUAUAUUUAUGUACAAUCGAGAUGCUGCUGACCAUUCAAGUCCUAGAGCUACGGUUGAAAACCUUUUUUUUUUUUUCUUUUUUUUUUUCCAUAUAUAUAUCAUGUGAUAUGAACAAGUUUUUGAACUCAUCAGGGAUGUGAUAAUUUGUUGUUUUGUUUUUUCAUGAUCAUGGAUGUGAUUUUAUAUUUAUGUACAAUCGAGAUGCUGCUGACCGUUCAAGUCCUAGAGCUACGGUUGAAAACCUUUUUUUUUUCCAAGUUUUUGAACUCAUCAGGGAUGUGAUAAUUUGUUUUUGUUUUCCUCAAAGGUGAUUUUUAAGAAAUACUUUUGUAUAAAAGGAACUGUGAUUCGAAUAAAAAUUCUUUAAUGUUCUGUCAGUAUUAUGUCCUAUUUUUUCUAAAUGUUUAAAUUUCUGAUGUUUCAUAUCAUCAUGAUGUUGUUCAGCUUGGACAGGUGUAAAAACUGAACUUGCAGGAAAAUGACUUGAAUUUUCCUAGUUUGUACUGAACAUCAUCUUGAAGGUAUGGUCCAAGGGAGAUAAUUCGUAAAUGAUAAUACAACGACUCGUACAAGAUCAUCCGACAUACAUACAUACAUACAUACAUACAUACAUAUGUAUAUAAC